CCAUGUCGCUCUGAGAUAUACUUUUCUUUUUUUCAGCGUAUUGUUUCAAGCAGCUAAACUACAUGAUUUGGUCAACAUAAAAAAAAAAAAACGUUAUCGAUGCUAGUACACUUGCAGACAUAACAAUGAACCCGAAUGUACAGUCCCCUCACCUCAUUUCUUCACUCUCGGGACUUGUUUUACAGAAGCACGCAUUUGACAGCAUGGCCUACACUGUGCCAGCGACGAGAAGUAAUCAUGUGGGGAUCACUGUGUCCUAGUGCCAAGUGGUCAGGCUGUGCCGCAGCUUAUCUAGCCAACGCGCAUGGCCGAAGGUGGAGCUGAGCUGACCUCACAGGCACCCUUCGUACUGGCAGAGUACCAGUCGCUUGAUGGCAUCCUUGCACCGAUCAGGAACCUCACUAGGGUCAAGUAUGCCUGCUUCGACGCAUCCAAACGGUACCUCGCCUUCGGGGCUACAACUGGAGAUGUCUUCAUGUUUCAUCGAGACACCACUGCAUACAUUACAACAAUCACAAACAAGGAGGGUGCAGUGUCACAGGUUGCCUUGGCACCAGAUGACUUCGUCCUUGGUGUCGCCACUAGUCGUGGGCACGUUGUCGUCCUGGAGCACAAUGCCAGGAAACCCGCAGUGCAGGCACAGAGGCUGCAGCUGUCUUUUGAGCACAAGGGAAGUGUGGUCACAUGCCUGGAGUGGAACAGUGUGGGGACGCGACUCUUUGCCGCCGACAAUACUGGAAAGGUUUCCAUACUCAAUGUGUCUACAUCUAAGGCCAAAAGUUUGUUCCAGUCACCACCAAGCACUCUGAUGCGCUUAGACUCCAAAGUUGUGCAACUGAACUUCGCACAAGAUCGGCUGCUUGCUUCAACGUUGACAAGAUGUUAUCUCGGUGACACAAUCAGAGAAAAGUUCACUCAAGUUGGCAAGAAGCUGAGGGACGGCGAGUUUGGUGGCUGUUUCUACCCCGGCAGCAAGCCUCAGGACUCUAUGUGCAUUUACGCAGCCCGUCCAGGGUCUAGAAUAUGGCAGGCUGAUCUCAAGGGCAGCGUGCUCAAAACUCACCAGUUCAAGGAAGCUCUUGCCAUCAAUCCAGUCAAAUUAGUCACAUAUAGGUCCGAUACUAGCAUUCUUGGAAGCACAGCAUCCUCAGCCUCAACAACAGCAUUUACUAAACUACUGACUGUAUGGGCAAGCAGUCACAACUUGCCAUAUCUGAUAUCAUGGAGUUCCAACGGCCUUUAUGUAAUUGAUCCACAAGCAGGAGAGAUAGUUCUGUGGAAUGACGAGCUGAAAGAUGUGAAAGAUUUGAGGUGUGUGCGCAACAACAUUUACAUCCAACUGCACAGUGGCGAAUUCUGUGCCUGUUGCCUGCUGACGCCAGUGCAAGCUGUCCUGUGCCUCCUGCAGCACAAUCAUGCAACGCUAUGUGGUCAGUUUCUCUGCCAAAACCAGCUUCUGAUUCCUAAGCCAGCCUUUGAUAAGACUCUGUCCAGCGAACUGUGCUUUGAACUCCAUGACAAACUCCAGGAGGCCGGUCAGGUUUCAUUGGCCAUGUCUGUUGCAAAGGUACUCUUGGACAGCUACGACGUUGACAUCACUAACAAGCCAGCUAAGCCAAAGGUUGAUCUUGCCAAAGAAGAAUGCUUAGACCCAGCAUCGUCUAACCUUGCACAUGUGUCUGUUGAGCGUGCGCCGACCAAACGACGCAGCAGAGAAGCCCAGAAAUCCAAGGAUGAAUUGGGUGUUUCUUCACCUCGUCACGUUCGCUGCCACUCAUCGGAGCCUGUCAAGACCCAUCUGGUGUCCAGCCCAAGACCUGUGCGAAAAACAGUGAGGCGUGGAAGUGAUCCUCCACCACUGGGCACAUUAGACAAAAUACCAUCAGCAGAGUCCUCUUUGAAACUCAAACCAACCAAGGCAUGCAGUCCAAGACCAGCCCGGAGAACCGUGGGCUUGUCGAGUGGGCAGAGAGAGAGAAGCCUGAGCCUGGACGCUCCUCGACAGGUAACACACGAAUCUCAGCCAUCACGAACACUCUCAGAGAGGCCACGGCAGCUACCAACUGUAGCCAAGAGCUCUGCAUUUGUGGGCCUCAGCGUGGGAAGCCGUGAUCAGAACAAGGAGACAACAAAAGUCAGCAGCAGCAACAGUUCAGGCAGGGAGACUCCAGAGGACUCCGAAGUGUCACCGACUCCGGGGUGCUCCGUGGCUGAACGGGGCAACAACAAGAAGGCCUACGGCAGUGCUCUGCGAAUAUUACCAGCCAUUCCUGCAUCGCCCUUGGAUUCGCCAAUGAGUCCUUUGGACAGGGUAGACCCGGAGGUGUUGGCCAGCAUGUAUGCUGAACAAGAUGUGGGCUACGAAAGCGUCUACCAGUACCUCAGCUUGGGGGUGUAUGGCUCAAGCCUUGUACCCGCUGCCUUCACCAUGCGAGGCACUGACCUUGCUCAGCUAGCUAAUGUUGCUGAUCUUGCGAAGCUUCGAGAUACGCUUUCAUCGAGGCUAUCCAAUGGAAAAGACUCCAUACUGAAAAACCUCCGUGGCCUGGAGAGCAAGUUAAAGUACUUUUCAGUGGACCAAGCCGCAGACGUGGGCCUCACAUCUCCAUUGUCUGUGGUACCAGAGUGCACUCCAGCUGAGCCUAACUUAAGGCCAGCAGAAAAUUUUAGCAAGCACUUGACACCAAAGGAUGAGUUUUGGUCUUUCCUGCCUGGUGUGAACAGCAGCUUCAUUGAGGCAACGCUGCAAGCAAGCUCAAAUGCCAGUGACCCCAGCAUAUUUUACCAUGGUCCCAGCCUUGUCAUGGUCCUUGAAGAAUGGCUUGACGCUCUACAUUCCACUCAGAUUUCUAUAGUCAACCAGAUAGCAUCUACAGAGACAGCAAAGCUUCCUGCUGUUAUAAGCCACUGUGAUAGUGUACAGAAGUCACCCGAUGAAACGUUCUCUUCUCCCAGCUCCCAGAGUGAGACCAGAAUCAGCGCGCAAGUGAACCUUAUCAAAUCCAUCUUCACCAGCGAUCCAUUUCGCCUCCCCUCCGAAGUGGCAGAGAAGGCUCGGGAGUUGGCUAUGCUGUGCUUUCAAACACGAACACUGGGCAGUGUGGAAAGAGUUGCCACAAAGGUGUCUGAAGUUGAAAGUCGUGAGAAACUUGCGUCGUCAAUGUAUAACGGCAGCUCUGCUGCUACAGACAAUAAGCUCUCCAAGCACAGUAGUACAAAUUCGCUCGGGAGCGAGGACACUUCGACGCACUGCGACCUCAGUCUUUCAAUGCGGUCCUCGGCAUCUGAGAAGUACGGGUUUCACCUCUCCGAGAUGCCAACCGUCGACUCCUGCAGCGAAUCGGCCAUGUUCCAGAGCAUGUCUUCAUCUUGCGGAGGCUUCUCAAUCAAUUUGGACUUCCGGCCUGAAGAAUCGGGGCAGCAGCCAGAUACACUCUGUGUUAGGAAAAUGCCUCUCAGUCAGUGCAGGCAAGAGACGAAUGGUGAUGGAACUGAGAGUGCGAAUCAGGAGCAGGGCGUGGCAGACCUUGCCACUGUUUCAGGUGCUUCGCCCAGUCAGUCUCCUCUUCGAGAGAAUGAGAAUGUCAGCAUGCGUGACGAUGCAGCAGUGCCAACGGAAGGCUCUAAAGUUUCUAGAGACGAAUGUUUUGGUGCCAUCGGUGUGAAUGGUUUUGCGUCGCACGAAGCAGUGGAUUCAUGCCAAAGUGUAGCAGGCGAAGGUUUCACAGGCCAAAGAAACUUGUCAGUUUACAGUGAUCUGUCGCCUAGUCAGGGUUCUCAAAGCGAAGCCACGUCAGUUUCCUGGAUGCCAAUGAUUGCACAGAGUAAGGAGAAGACAGAGUUGUUCAAAAACCAUGUAAAUGAUGCCAAAACCGCACUCUUCAUUCGAUAUUACUUUCACCUCCUUGAUCUUGAAGUUGUGUGGGAUGUUGUGCAGCUCACGGAGAAUCCAUGUUUUGAGACGUGGAGCACUGUAGUGUUGGGUGUGCUUCAAGAGUUGAAGGCUCGACAUCGGAAUGAAAGUGGUCCUGAACAUCUGGUCAUCAUCGCGCAUCAGGUGGAAAACUUGGCCAGUCAACCAUGGCUGCUUCUACCCUACCUUGUGCUAUUGCAUGAAGUGGCACAGGAGAAAUUGGAAGACACAUUCACCAAGAAAGCCAGCUGUCUGUCAGCAAGAGACAUCCUCUACUUCACCCAGCUGUGCAAGGUGGAAUCCUUUUUUCUCGGAGCCAUGCAGAGUGCUCUAAGCUGUUUCACCUUGCCACAGAUGCUCUCAUCAUUUCGCAAGUACCUUGAGAAUGAAGAGGUUCGGUGGGAGUGGGUAACGCAGUGCUUGCAAUCUGUAAAUAAUGAGUGCCUCAAGUGUUCCUGCGGAGCUCCAAGCUACAACUCACACAAAACUAACUGGCCUAUGUACGAGCACUUAAAAGCCGUGUUGUGCAACAAGGACUGGAUAUCCCAGAAAAGCUUGGAGCUUUGUCGGACAUAUGCGUUUUGGCCUGGCUACCUCUGUGCACUAAAGCACUUGGGUCAUCGUACGGAGCACCUUGUGAAUGUGAUACAGCUGGGAGAUGCUGAGCUGCUUAUGCCAGACAAUUUUCUAGGGUUUGUGCCAGAGUCCCCCCAGGAAUGGAAGUUGGCGAUGGAGCUGGUCGGGCGUCACCGCACCGAGAAGGUUGUUGUGGUCACGUGCUUGUCAUGCGGGAAACCCCACAAGUCAACGGAGAGCCAGAUGCCCCUGACGGUGCAGAGCGUAGCUCAACGCAUGCUGGCCUCUCUAGGAUUCGAGCAGGCAGCCGCGGUCCUCCAUGAGCUGAAUCUGCCUCGCAACUCCUUGGGCCAGGGCUUCUACCUCGCCAGUGUGCUUCUAACACUCAUUGAACAGCAACAGGCUGCCCUGAGCCACCGCAUGUUAUCUCGCCUGGAGAGCUAUGUCUGGUCACGGAGGCCUGUCACACUACCACCUCAGGUUGCAGAUGUCCUUGACAGGGAGAAGCAGGGUCUGGCUGGCCAUGACGAACUGACAGAUGUGCAGCUGCAAGGAUCAUUUGUGGAGGAGCCUGAAAGCCACUGGGGGGGCAACAUUCCUCUUCUCUCAAAUUGUUUUCUCUGUGGGCUGCCUCUGGGAACUACUGUUAGCACACAUGCCGUCGUUAUGUGCCACUGUGAUGCUGUCAAGCAAGACACUGAAUGUGAAGGAUAGUACAUGCCAUGGAGGAAAAAUAAGCAAAAUGUGUGUGUCCCUGGAAGUGGCCAUUCGUUAUCAGCAAGAGCAAAUCAACGCACUGCUUCAAGAAUGCAAAAAGCCUUCCAGUCUGAUACACAUUCCACAAGAAAGCGUGGAUGACAUUGAGAUGUUUCACUGAGUCAUUCUGGGCAUGGGAUGCCAAACUGGACGUGUUUGCUUUGGCAGGUUUGUCUUUUUUAUGCAAACAGGAGUUCCUGCAAGUGGCAUUUUAAGGUUCCGUGAGUGGCCAUAACGAGACCAACCCCAACCCCCGUUUGGACACAUUUUUGUGUUACAGUUUGGAUUUAACAAAGCCACCACCUGCCACAUCCGCGCUUCAGUAGUCUUUGCGGAAAGACCCAUCGGAGGAGCAGCGCACAUGACUCAUCGCUGUGCGAUUUACGGGUCCGCGCUGAACGCUUUUUUCUUGCACUCAUAGGAUUACAUGUGAGUGGGAAUGGGAAUUUUUUUAAAGCCACUUUCAACUCUAGCAGCGGCAGCCUAAAUCGACUCAUUGCUAACGUAUGAGGAUUGGCUGUAAACAGUGCAUUGUAACGGACACACAAAGCACGUUGAUGUGUGGUUUGCAGUACAAGUGCACUGGUGGCGGCACAUCACAUAUCUAUAUAAGUUGGUUUGCUUCUGCACUGCAUCCAUAUUCAUCUUAGCCUGAAUAAAAAUGUGCUACAAGCACUUCAACGUGCGUGUGACUCACUGUGGUUGCUGUGACUUGCAGCAGAGUGACACAGCUGUUUAAGGUUAGCGUUGUGAUCAGUAUAUCAAAGACCGCUCCACAACGCGAAUGUUUUACGGCAUUUGUGGGCAAAAGAAUAAGUAAUCUUUUGUGUGUUAGACACAGCCUUGGAGAAACAAAUCGGUAAAUUCCCGCUUUUCACAAUUUUGAGAAGCUGCCCAAGACGUAUGGAGUUUUCAGGCGUAUCUUAUAUUUCGAAUUAAUUGCUGUGUCAAAAUGGGUAUUUUGCCAUCUCUUUCGAGUUAAAUAUAUCUAAUAUUGACUGUAUACAAUCGAUGCCUUCUACAUGCAUACUAGCCUGUCGUGCUGGAACUUGGACAGUAAAUGAGUAAACUUAGAGAAGAACCUAAGGACCGCACAGCAAGCAGAGGAACAGAAAAUAAUCUGUGUAACAUUAAGUGAGAAGAAAACAGCGCUGUUGAUUAGGGACAGGCUAAUCAAGUCUAUUGAAUGAUGGAGCAAAUAUGAGAAGCUGAUAAUCUAGUCAAGAGUAAUAGGGCAUAUACAAUAAUAGAUGACUACCAGGAGAACCAGGAGAAGGAAAAUGUAGUCGAGAAUGGCAGCAGAUUAAGUGACGUGAUUUUAGCAAAUUUGCUGGCAUAGCAUAGAGUUGGCUUGUGGAAGACCGAGGUAUUUGGAGAUUGCUGGGAGAGGCUUUUGUACCGAAGAGAAGGCCAAAAAGACCACAGAGGGUGACAACUAACUAAAUGACAAGGCCAACACUGAAGCCUGGAGAAUGGCAGACAAUAAGUGUGAGUGACUGGAAAAGCAGGGAAAAGUGGAAGAGUUUACAUAGCAAGAUUUCUGAUCAAAGUAUGCAGACCGGUACUUAACAAGUGCUUCACAUACAAGCAAGUUCAGUGCAAAGGGGCACCACUCGCAGUAUCACAACAGUGUGGGAUUGCUGCCGGUAAGAUGUGUGAAAUAACUUGACACACUUGUUUUCAGAAAAGGACCCUACGGUCUUAAGAAAUGGUGCUUUUUGUGGGGGAUUGAGUGAAAAUAGAGGUUACAAACAUUGCAGAUAUGAUACAGUUACUAUUUUUAAUGUCAUUUGAUAGUUUUACUGAUCAGGAGCCUGUGGCCUAUAACUGCUUGCUGCAGUAGUUAGAUCAAGGAGCCCAAGGGUGUCGGGUAGUGUGGUGCAUCCUUCUUUUUUUUUAUGACAUGUAUAAAAUCAUUGCCAAAAAAUGUUCCUUGCGGCCACUUCACUUGGAAGCCAUAUUAGGAUCACAUUUCACCUUUAAUCUUGGUCUGGACAGUGUGCAGUGUGGUAUAAACACAUGCACAUGAAAAUUAUGUCUGAGACCCACAUUCCAUAUGGUUGCCACUUUAUGCGUGACUCCCCUUCCCCCUUCAAAGCAGCUAGUUUUUUUAUCAUGGCAUGCAGUGAAACCAUUUUUGAUCUCUUAAAGUAACAGUAUUGUGUCUCUGAUCCUAACGUUUUGGGAGUGCUAUGUUGAAAUUUUCUUGCAACCGUUACAAGGCUCAAGAAGAGAUGGUGGUAACAGGUCAGUUCCUUUGAUUAAGCUAUUUUUAAUUGAGAGUAUAUUUUAUCUGUGUAUAUCAUAUCUACACUCUGUUGAGUGCUUUGAACUGGUUCUUUUAGCCGAAUUAACCCGACCUGCGAGUUUCACUGGUCCAAAGCAAUGAACUUGAGUGUGCAAAUGUGCGAGCUGAAAGUUUUCCUUCUCAUUAAGUGCUCUUUCAUGAUCUCGCAAAUGUUUCAUUUUUGGUUAUAUAUUAUACACACUUACAGACCUUGCUGUAAAGGAUACUCUUGACCAAGCUUCUUAUUAGUUUUAUAUUAGUUGCAUGUGAGCUGGUUUUCAUUGGAUCUGCAAUGUCAGUUUCAGGAAUCAUAUGCUUAAUGUGCAGUCAUACCUCAUUAUAAUGAAUCAGCAUUAUAAGUAAAAGUGUCUCCAAUAUAUUCUAUAUCUGCCCAAUUAAUGUAGAGAUCUAUAUUAGAGAGAAUAGAUAUGCGAUGAUGCCCAUGCAAAGAUAGCCUAAGGCACAGAGAAACUAUUCUAAAACAGAAAGAAAAAACAUUCUGCUGUGAAUUACUGACCCUAUUACAAGUACAUAAUUCGCAGUCUGUUGCUAAAAUGCAAAGGCCCCCGCUGUCGUUGCCACCAGCUCCUGUGUUUACGUGGAGAGUCAUGUGAUCUGGUCAUGACGACAAGGAAAAAAAACUGGAGAAAAUAUUUCGAGUUCUUCGUUUCAUUUUGUCAGCUGACAUUUGUCCUCAGGAAUAUUAGGCUUUAAUCUUGCUGCCACUAGAGGCAGGUGACUAGCUUCACCUUACGCAAGCUCGCAUGCUUCUUCAAUGAGCGAUGGCCCUUACAUUAUUGUAUCAAGAUCUUACACAGAUGUCGCUCUGAAGUGCAAAAAAGAAAAUGAAGCAUAAUUUUCAACUGGAUUCAUGCACUGCUUAUGCAGUUGGUGAGCACAUUCAUUGCCUUUGCAGGCAGUGCAAUUUAAGCUGCAUGUUUGCUUUGCCAUAAUCAAAACCAAAUCAGUUCUUGUUCUCUUUGGCUUCAUCAUGAUGUACAAUUCCUGUUUAAACAAACCAUGACCAUUCAUACCUUAGAUUUGUUUUAUUGCAUGCAAUAACCUGCUACUGCAAUGUUCUUUAUAAUGAGGUUCUACUGUACUUGUGGUUGAAUAUCAUUCUUUAGACUUACUUUUUCUGAGUUUUUGAUGAGGGGACAUUUUAGCAACAAAACAGAAAGAAUGAUAAACAAGAGACUUAUUUUCUAGUCGUGCAAUAAAGAACAUGCUGGAGCCUAGCUAGAGAGUCCAAUAAUUAAUGGUCCUUUAACCUGCUAAGUACAUGAAUGGACUCGGAUGUGUCAGUGUAGUCUUUAUUUUAGUUCGUUGUUGGUCUUUCCUGGUCAAUAUACUUUGCAGUACAUAAAUAUAAGCAAUAGUGUUACUUCUUAUUUGCAGAGUCACUUUGAGCUUGUUUAAGGAUGACUUUGCUUGCAGCAUUCAAUUAUGAAUGGCACUGCAUGUUGGCAUAUCAAAGUAUUUUAUUAUGUAUGUAUGAUUUGUGCAUUCUUUGUGUAUCUGAAGAACUUGGCUCUAGUAUGAUAUUGCUUACAUGUUGGAGAUUGGUUGGUAUAAAGUACUCUUCUGCUUAACCGCCGGCUCGUCUGAGCUUGGAAUUUCACUUCGCACUAGCACUUUGCCAGACAUCUUAUUGAACAGCACCAUGCUUCACUUUCGUGUAGUACUUGUCUACUUUAUUCAGAACGAACUGCAUGUCUGCCUCCGAGCACUGUGGUUUCUAUUCCUGGCCACUGCUGCUACAUUUCGAUGUGGGGUCACAUUUGAUAUGCAAAAAUAUUUCUGUACUUUACCAAGAAAUCAUUACCCAGUGAAGAACCGACAGUUGUUGAAACUAAUCCGAAGCCCUCCUCUGCAGCAUCCCUAACAGCCCCUGUGUUUCUUUGGGACGUUACAAACGUGACUAAUCAAUAACCUGAAGGUGUAUGUUGUCUUUGGCAAUGCCAGACACAAAAUGUAGAUUUUCUCAGUAACGUAACAGCGGGAGCCUUACAGUCUAUCAAUGCUAGUGUAAAAUAGUUGAUCGGUAACACUGAUGGAUGGUACCACUAAAAACUUUCUUGUAAUAUAUGACACAUAGCUGUAGUUUAUUUUUGGAUAAAAAAGGCAGCGGGUUGGGUAUACAAGUGUAGUAUCAAAUGAAAUACACGUAUCAACAAUAUUUUGCGCAGAUGAACCAGCGAUUCACCAGAAGAGCUCUUCAUACCCGUCACCCUUAUUUAUGCAACAUUUGGUUCUCACUUCCAGGGUUUUAUUCAAAAGUAUAUUCUCAAUGCUGUCUGCACCACCAAAAAAAGCAAAGGCUGGUGAGAAGGAGACGGAAUUAUGUUUUGUGCAAUAGCCUCAAGACUAAGCUCGACACAGACUACAAUCAUGAAAAAAAAAUUUUUUCGCACUGCUUUACUUUUGUUGAGACAAUUUCGAUGGAUGCGCCAGGUUUUUGCCAUACAAAGCUGUAUGCCUAGGCAUUUCUUCUUUUUUUAUUCCAUCCACUGUGGAUCUUGCACAGUGUAGUCAAGAUUACAGCCUUCAAAAUUUAAAUUUUGGCAUGCCUCAACUAUUUUAGCUCAUUGUGAAUGUGUAUUAUGUGCCGUCACCGUUCAUGCGACUAAUAGAAAUGUCCUUUCAUGCGCGCACACGCAUUGCUGCGCCUACAAUCAAGCAUACUUACCCUUAUAUUCUUAAACAUUACUCCAGUCAUAGUUUUACCUUUAUUCUUGAAAGCGAAGGACAGGUCAACCCCAUCAUGUGAAUUGUUUACCAUGCUUGAGUAACAUUCCUUGGCAUUUCCCAAACUGAAUUUUUGUAGCCAGACAUACUAGGACCAGGCACUGUGUCAAGAUGCUUUUCUCUAGCAACUCCUAAUAGCAAGAACUAGCAAGAAACAUUAUUGAAGUGCACUGUCUACUUCAGUCAACAGGUGGUGCUGUCCUGCGCUCAACGAAGUCAAGGAAGCCCUAUUUGUGGACCUAUUUGUGGAUACAUGUUUACUCUAGAAGAAGAUAGCAGUGUUAUUUUUUCCCUCUGUGCCACAUUGUUUGUUGCUUCCUCUAGUCCCUUUUUGAGCCUUGAUGGUUCUCUGCCAUCGACUUAGGUGCUACUUUGACAGGUGUUUGCUAAAGUGCACAAAAGUCAUCUUGCUGGAAUGUCUCCAAUGAAUGCCUGGGUUUUUCCCAUGAUUGCUUGUGUGUUGAAAGAAACUGUCUGUCCCAUCUGCUGAUUAGUGGAGCCACAGACAAAAGACAAUGACGACACCGAGACGUAGUUCUGUAUAAAAAAACACCGAGACGUAGUUCUGUAUAAAAAAACAUAGAAGCUCCUGUUUAUUCAUGCCGACUAGAAAAUGCACACACGCAUCAGAUUCCAUCCACUUGCAUCUGCUUGUUUAUGUACAAUGUUAAACUUGUUCUCACUCUUGGCAUUGUGUGUUGGCUACCUGUGCACUCUUGCGUUCUUCGUUUUUUCUUCUUUCUUGAAGUGCUGCACACUGAUGAACGUAAAGUCCUUGUGUCAAGCUCAUCAUCGAAGCAAUGUGCAGUGAAAAGUGUGAUUGCAAACGACUGCUUUUUACAUUACAUCACCCCAUCUUUCGACGCUUGCAUUCUUGUCACAGAAAUAAAUUAGUAUGUACAUAACACAA